AUGGAUAAUAUUGAUGAGGUGACCGACAAGCGGAUGAAGGCUUUGAAAGAGAUUGAAAAAGACAAGCUUCGGGUUGCUAGAGCUUACAACAAGAAGAUAAAAGAUUUGGACACUGUAGAGUGGCACUAUCUGGUGAAGUUUUUUGGUACUCCUGAAUUCCAGGCUAGAAGUGCCAGGAAUACUCAGAAUCGGCUUCUUAGAAAGACACAACAUCUGGCUGGCUCCAAGCCUUUUUCUCAGUUGAGUUACGAGAAGAGGGACCCAGAAACUGGGGAAGAGCUGAAUGAUUUGGACCUUUGGUUGAUGACGCACACUAAGGAUGGGUCAUGGACAAACCAAACAUCAAAGGAUAUAUAUGAUACAGCAAGCGCCAAAAUUUCAGAGAGGGAAUCGAAUGCUUCAUACGGCAACAUCGUUAGAAACGUGGAGAGAAACCUGAUUUUCCAGAAAGCAUACCAGGAAGUCACAACUUCCAAAAAGAAAAGGUUGCAUGGUAAUGGAUACAUGGAUGUGUACCCAACUAGAAGGCAGCUACUGCUUAAGGACUUCAACAACAGAUCCAUGACUGAGCAGCAAAUUCAUGAGGAAAACUUAGCCAUUGAGGAAUCACUUGGGAAGUUACACAACCACAUGGCACGACGAGAUGCUGAACAGUUGGAGGAAAUGGCAACUUUCAUGCAAGAAUUUGAAGCCCAAAAGGAAGAGCAUAGGCUUGCGAUGGAAGCGCUGCAGGAAGAACAUAGGAAGGAGUUGGAAGAACUGAGGAAGGCAAGGGAGGCCGAUAAAGAAGCCCUUAAGAAAGAGCUCCUCUCAAUGAUGAAAGAAGCACAAGGAAAUGAAGCUUUACACCAGCCAAACAAUGAUGGAAAUAAUGGAACUACACAAGGGUCUGGUGCAACCCACAUUACUCAACAAGAUGAAGAACAAACUAACACUGAUGCACCUCCUUUACCUCAGAUGGUCUCCUCUGAGAAAGCUAUAGUCAGUGAAGUCAACAUCAUCAAGGCGACCAUGGAGGAGCUCGCAGACGACGAGCGCCAGGCCUACCUCAUCACUGAAGAGCACUUGAAGGAGCAAUUCCUUCAUGGAUUCAAGGAGUGUGCCGUCCUUCAAGUUGAACGAAGACAAGGUUGA